GAAGGGGUAAGUGUGGGAAAGCGAAAUGGGUUGAGAGAGAGAGGGAGAGAGAGAGAGAGAGAGAGAUGGAGUUGGCCGUGCCUUCAAGUCUCAUCAUCGUGCAUGCAUUUUGUGCGCUUUGCUCUGCAUGCACACGCCUCCUCCUACUCCCCCUCAAAGCCCUCCUCGACCGCCCUUUCAACUCUCCGCUCUCUGGAAUCUUAAGCUGCCACCCCCUGAUCUGUCGACUUCUCCGACUCGAUUACCACAAACUAUCCUGAUCAGAGCUCGAUAGCUCGGCGACUAAGCGGAAGAGAGAACUUCGUUUCAGAAUUGAGAAGACGUUCCGUUUCCUUUGUGUAAAUCAUAUAUGAGAGUGAAGUAGUUUCGAAUCGACUUCGGGAAUGGCGUCAAAGACUUGCAUGAAUUUACUGUGCGGGGCCUCCACGUCGACCGAAUGGGGGAAAGGGUGGGCUCUGCGAUCCGGCGAAUUCGCUAGCCUCUGUGAUAAGUGCGGGUCUGCAUAUGAGCAAUCAGUUUUUUGUGAUGUGUUUCACUCAAAGGAAUCUGGUUGGAGGGAGUGCGCUUCAUGUGGAAAGCAGCUUCUCCACUGUGGAUGCAUUGUUUCCAAUUCUCUGCUUGAGCUGCUUGAUUGUGGUGGUGUUAGCUGUGUAAACUGUGCUAAGAAGUCAGGAAUCGCCCCUAUUUCGAGCAAUGAAAAGCCUAAUGGAUUUGGAAUAUCUCAAGUUGAUAACAUCAAUCAAAUGUGUUCCACUUCUGUGGACAACCAACUGGAUCGAAGUGGUAUUGACAAAAUGAAGCUUACCCAGUUGGGGAACAAUACAGAGUGUAAUGGGCUUAGGCACUUGCUUCAAUCUCAGAAUGCUGACACAAAUGGAUCGUUUGGGAAAUUGAAACUGGAGGAAGUUUUUCCUUCUUCUGGAGAGAUUGGAAGCACGUGUUUCUCAAAUUUUAGUCGGGCAUGCAAUGGAUUGUCUAACACUACCAAACCAGACAUGUAUAAAGCAAAUAUAGGAACAAAAGAUGCAUGUGACACACUGCCACAGACAAACUUGAGCAUGUCUUUGGGAGCACCUUCUCCUUCAAGAAAUUCAAAUCUUCCUAAUGCUGUUGUUGAUGAAAGGGAAAAUAGCAAGACAUCCUCUCCAUUCCUACAGGGGCCCAGGUCUCGCCAUCUUUUGCCAAAACCCCCAAGGUCGGAUCUUGCCAGUGGCUUGGAAGCAAAUGCCGGCUUGGUUUCUCAAAUACGUGUUGCAAGGCCACCUGCUGAAGGACGGGGAAGGAACCAGUUACUUCCUCGUUAUUGGCCAAGGAUUACAGACCAUGAGUUACAGCAAAUAUCUGGAGACUCGAAUUCCACUAUCGUGCCAUUGUUUGAAAAGAUGCUGAGUGCCAGUGAUGCAGGUCGAAUUGGUCGUUUGGUUCUCCCAAAAGCAUGUGCUGAAGCAUAUUUUCCUCCUAUCUCUCAACCAGAGGGUCUUCCUCUGAGGAUUCAAGAUGUGAAGGGCAAAGAAUGGGUGUUUCAGUUCAGAUUUUGGCCUAAUAAUAACAGCAGAAUGUAUGUUUUGGAGGGGGUUACACCUUGCAUACAGUCAAUGCAGCUGCAAGCUGGAGAUACAGUAACUUUUAGUCGUAUGGAUCCUGGAGGAAAGCUUAUUAUGGGGUUCCGGAAGGCUUCAAAUUCAAUUGCAAUGCAGGACACCUAUCCAUCUGCCAUUCCAAAUGGCGCUCAUUCAAGUGAAACUUCGUUUUCGGGUGUUUUUGAGAACCUACCUAUAAUAAGUGGUUUCUCUGGCCUUCUUCAGUCACUUAAGGGAAGCACAGAUCCCCACUUCAAUGCUGUAUCAAAACACUUCAGUUCAGCUACUGGUGAUGUAAGUUGGCUCAAGUCUGAGAAGCAUGAAGGCUUGCUGCUGCCUGCAGUCGUUACUCCAGAGAGGAAAAGGGCACGAAAUAUUGGGUCCAAAAGUAAGAGGUUGCUCAUUGAUAGUCAAGAUGCACUGGAGCUUAAACUUACGUGGGAAGAGGCACAGGAUUUACUCUAUCCACCUCCAGCACUUAAGCCAAGCAUUGUCAUGAUUGAGGACCACGAAUUUGAAGAGUAUGAUGAACCUCCGGUUUUUGGAAAGAGAAGUAUUUUUGUUGCCCGUUCAACUGGCUUGAUCUUCAGGGGACAAGAGCAAUGGGCUCAGUGUGAUAGUUGCUUCAAAUGGCGAAGAUUGCCAGUUGAAAUACUUCUUCCUCCUAACUGGACAUGUGCAGAAAAUGCAUGGGAUCAAAGCAUGUGUUCAUGUUCUGCACCAGAUGAAUUGAGCCCCAAGGAACUGGAAAAUCUUCUUAGACUGAAUAAGGAAUUCAAGAAAAGAAGAAUUGUAACAAGCCAUAGGCCAAACCGGGGCCAUGAAUCUUCUGGUCUGGAUGCGUUGGCAAAUGCUGCAAUUCUAGGAGACAACAUGGGUGACCCUGGCACUACAGUUGCUACCACAACUAAGCACCCCAGACAUCGCCCUGGUUGCUCCUGCAUUGUGUGCAUCCAGCCACCUAGCGGGAAGGGUAAGCACAAGCCUACAUGCACAUGCACUGUGUGCAUGACAGUUAAACGCCGCUUUAAAACCCUAACGAUGCGCAAGAAAAAGCGUCAAUUAGAGCGGGAAGCAGAGAUUUCACAGAGAAAUCAACAGGCAUGGAUCUGUAGGGAUGAAGCAGAAGUAGACAGCAACUCUAGGCAUGCAUCAUCACACCUUGAUCCUUCAGAGAAUGAAGGUAGGUCAGGAAAUGAGCUAGAAUCCAAGAGCCAAAGCAAAUUGGCUGAAACUGGGAAGGGACAAUUAGACUUGAAUUGCCAUCCCAAGAGAGAAGAGGAGCUGCUAGCGGGAUCAAAGCGGGUGAGCAUGAUGAGUCUUCUUCAAGUAGCAAGUCGUCCAUUGGAGACAUAUCUGAAGCAAAAUGGUCUCACAAGCUUGAUCGCUGAGGAACAGGCAAGUUCAGCAUCACAUGUCCUGCCGCCAGCCGCCAAUGAGAAUGUGGGACAAGUUAAUGAGGAAUGCUGUCUUGUUUCUGCUGUUCCAGAGCGAGAAGGUGGGAGUGAAGAGUACUGUGGAGCAGAUCAAAGCCAAAAUGAUUCCCACUCUUGAAGUUCCUCUCUUUUUUUUUUUCGACUUCGAAAAGAAUUUUUUGGGUGCUCGUCUGUUGUAUACUCAUAAUUUACUAGUCUUCCUCCUCCAGUUUGCAAUACGUUUCUUUAUUUCAUGAGCUCUUCUUCGUACAAACGGAUUGGUGGACCAAACUGUGUAUUAAU